AUGACGACCGAUGUUGGAGAGGCUUGCAAGAUGCAAACAUUCGAAGUUACAAUCCGUGGGGUUACGGUACACUUCCCACACAAGCCUUAUGGUUGCCAAAUGUCAAUGAUGACUAGAGUCAUCGAAUCAUUGGAAAACAAACAGAAUUGUCUUUUGGAAUCUCCCACAGGCACGGGGAAAACACUUUCUCUGUUGUGUGCCUCUCUAGGUUGGUUGGAGAAGAGAAAAAGUGAUAGCAAAAAUGUGUGCAUCAGUUCCAAAUUGGAUAGUGAAAGUCACGAUGACAUUACAGAUAUGAUAUCGUCAGAAGACAAAAAAUCUACACCUGGAAACCCGAAAAUUUAUUAUUGUACGAGAACGCAUAAACAAAUAUCACAAGUCGUUAGAGAAUUAAGAAAAACAAAAUAUAAAAAUGCAAAAAUGUCUAUUUUGAGUAGUCGUAAGCAUACAUGCAUUAAUCCUGAAAUUUCAUCAACUCCAAACGUUACGGAUUCAUGUCAUAAUUUACUUUUGUCUGGUGUGUGUGCUUAUGAUUUACCACGGAAAAAGUCUGACCUAUCACGUGCUGUUGACAAAUUAGACCGUUCAGGACCAUGGGAUAUAGAAGAUUUAGUACAAGCUCUUAUUCCAAUUCCUAGUUGUCCAUAUUUUUGUUCACGUUCAUUAGCUAGAUCUGCAGAUAUCAUUUUCUGUCCAUAUGAUUAUCUUCUGGAUCCUCUAAAUCGCUCUGCUACUUUUCUUGAAGUUACCAACCAUGUUAUUAUCUUGGAUGAAGCACAUAAUAUAGAGGAUGCCUCACGUGAAGCUGCUUCAUUUACAAUUACUGAGCAUCAGUUAAAAAGUGCCAGAGACGACUUGGAAGGAUUAAGAAUAGUUGGAUUUGAAGCAGAGGCUUGUUCAACGUUAAUUGCUAUGGUUGAUGGAAUAUUACGUGUUAUGCAGUUAACAUUAUCACGCCUUGUUCGAGCCGGUGAAACAACACAACCAACACAAGUAUGGACUGGGCGAGAAAUUUGUGGACUAAUGUCAACUGUAGGUCUUGGACCAGAACAAAUUAUCGAGCAAAGUAGUGCUUAUCAAAAGUUAUCUGCAUCUAUUAUGGAUAAUGAGAAUUAUGAAGAUUGGUAUCGAAAUAGAAAUCGUGAUAAUCUCAGUAAUAAUCAAUUUCAACAUAAACCAACUCAUCGGACGUUACAUUUUUUCAAUGCUUUGUUCACUGUGUUAAAUAAUAUGUUCAGGGACAAUAUGUGCCAUUUGUCAGAUUACCGCGUUGUUCUUGUCGAAACAGUGGAUCAUAACAAGUUCACUGAAUCGAAAAUUGAUGCAUGGAUUACCAAGAAACAUUUGAAACCUCGUUUUGUGGAAAACAAAGAAUUAUCUUUAAAUUUCUGGUGUUUAAAUCCAUCUGUAGUGUUUUCACAGUUAGCGUCAAUGGCGCAUUGUGUAAUCCUGAUGAGCGGUACUCUAUCACCAUUGGAUUCACUUGAAGCUGAACUAAAUGUACAAUUCCCAUUACGUUUAGAAGCAAAUCACGUGAUUUCAAAUACUCGUCUGUUAGUAACAACAUUAUCACAUGGUCCAAACGGUACACGACUUUGUGCUACAUAUCAGCACCAGAAUACCUAUACAUUUCAAGAUGAGAUUGGUUCGGUUGUUAUCAACGCGUGUCGUUUAGUACCUGGUGGUGUAUUGUGUUUUCUACCAUCCUAUAGUCUAUUGGAUAAGCUCAUACAAAGAUGGGAGUUAACUGGAUUACUGAAUAAUUUGAAUAUGAUAAAACAUGUUAUGAUUGAACCGAGAUCAUCUGUUGGUUUAGAUGAUUGGCUUGAAGAGUUUUAUACUUCAGUAAAUCAAAAUGUUCCAAAUGCCAAAUUGAAGUCAAGACGAAAAUCAAUUGAUCAGGCUAAUAAUAAUGAAUCGCCAUCACUGAAUGGAAAAUCUCUUAUGUUAAAUAAAUCAGGAUCAAUUAUAUUUGCAGUUUGUCGUGGUAAAGUUAGUGAAGGCUUGGAUUUUGCUGAUUCUUAUGCACGUUUAGUAAUUGCCAUUGGAAUUCCUUAUCCAGCAUUCACAAAUCCUCAGGUCCAACAAAAACGUGAAUUUAACGAUGCACUUUAUAAAUCCUCAGCCAAAAUGGCCUGUACAGAUAAGCAUAUACGAUCACCAUUACAAAAUGUUAAUUCAUCUGUGGAAAAAUAUGAUACAAAUGAUGAUAUAACUUCUUCCACCUCUAAUGUUUCUUCUCCAAGACCUAGAAAAGUACUCAGUGGAUCAGAAUGGUAUGAUGCUCAAGCCUAUAGAGCAUUAAAUCAAGCAUUAGGACGUUGUAUUCGACAUGCAAAUGAUUGGGGUUCUAUUUUAUUGGCUGAUGCACGUUUUGUGGAACAAUCAUCUCGUUAUAUGUGUGGUAUAAGUCGUUGGAUCCGGUCUAGAGUCAAUCAUCAUUGUUCAUGGGACAGUUUAGAAUGUCAACUUCAAUCAUUUGUUAAAUCACAUGAAACUGAAGAGAAAGUCGAGAAGCAAGUGGAAAAUCUAGAUGAAAUUUUCGCUUAA